CCGAGGCAGGGACACGGAGGGGUGGAGCACAGGAAGCCGCGGUCCACCACCAGCCGAAUAUGGGCCCGAUCUGACCCGCCACACCGAGCUUCUUCCUCCGCCUCAACCCUGUGGGGGACCCCGGCGAAUAAUCUGCCAUUUUGCUUUUUUGAUUUAAUUCCCUGGCCGGAUCUUGUGGGAGAUUGAAGCGAGAAGAUGUCUCGGGGAGUGAUCCAGCCCAGCCAGCAGAAGCUGGCCGAGAAACUCACCAUCCUCAACGACCGGGGCAUCGGGAUGUUGACCCGGGUUUACAAUAUCAAAAAGCAAGGACAAGUUUGGAAGGCAUGUGGGGAUCCCAAGGCUAAGCCCUCCUAUCUCGUUGAUAAGAACCUGGAGUCGGCGGUUAAAUUCAUCGUCAGGAAGUUUCCUGCGGUGGAGACGCGGAAUAAUAACCAACAGCUGGCUCAGCUGCAGAAGGAGAAGUCAGAGAUCCUGAAAAACUUGGCUCUCUACUAUUUUACCUUCGUAGAUGUCAUGGAAUUCAAGGACCAUGUGUGUGAGCUGCUUAACACCAUCGACGCCUGCCAGGUCUUUUUUGAUAUUACGGUGAACUUUGACCUGACCAAGAACUACCUGGACCUGGUGGUGACUUACACUACUCUGAUGACAAUACUGUCGCGCAUAGAGGAGAGGAAAGCCAUCAUAGGGCUGUACAACUAUGCCCAUGAGAUGACACACGGAGCCAGUGAUCGUGAGUAUCCCAGGUUGGGCCAGAUGAUUGUGGAUUAUGAAAACCCUUUGAAGAAGAUGAUGGAGGAGUUUGUUCCACAUGGAAAGUCCCUGUCGGACGCGUUGAUCAGUCUUACAAUGGUUUACCCCAGGAGGAACCUGUCUGCCGACCAAUGGAGGAACGCCCAGCUGCUCUCGCUCAUCUCUGCCCCCUCCACCAUGCUCAAUCCUGCUCAGUCAGACACGAUGCCGUGUGAAUAUCUGUCACUGGACGCGAUGGAGAAGUGGAUUGUUUUUGGUUUCAUCCUGUGUCACGCGGUGCUGAACACCGAUGCAGCGGCGUUGUCUCUGUGGAAGUUGGCUCUGCAAAGCUCCACCUGCCUCUGCCUGUUCAGGGACGAGGUCUUCCACAUCCACAAGGCUGCAGAGGAUCUGUUUGUGAACAUCAGAGGGUACAACAAACGCAUCAACGACAUCAGAGAGUGCAAAGAACAGGCCCUGUCUCAUGCAGGCUCCAUGCACCGAGAGAGACGCAAGUUCCUCAGAUCGGCUCUGAAGGAGCUGGCCACGGUUUUAGCGGAUCAGCCUGGACUGCUCGGUCCUAAGGCGUUAUUUGUGUUCAUGGCGUUGUCGUUCGCCCGUGACGAGAUAAUAUGGCUUCUCCGACAUGCAGACAACAUCCAGAAGAAAAGCACAGACGACUUCAUAGACAAACACAUAGCAGAGUUGAUCUUCUACAUGGAGGAGCUCAGAGCUCAUGUCAGGAAGUAUGGCCCUGUGAUGCAGCGAUAUUACGUCCAGUACCUGUCAGGGUUUGAUGCUGUGGUGCUGAAUGAGCUGGUGCAGAACCUGUCCGUGUGUCCAGAGGAUGAGUCUAUAAUCAUGUCUUCAUUUGUCAACACUAUGACCUCUCUCAGUGUCAAACAAGUGGAGGACGGAGAGGUGUUUGACUUCAGGGGCAUGAGACUGGACUGGUUCAGACUGCAGGCCUACACAAGCGUCUCCAAGGCCAGUCUUGGAAUAGCCGAUCACAAGGAGCUUGGUAAAAUGAUGAACACCAUUAUCUUCCACACAAAAAUGGUGGAUUCUCUGGUGGAGAUGCUGGUGGAGACGUCCGACCUGUCCAUCUUCUGCUUCUACAGCCGUGCAUUUGAGAAGAUGUUCCAGCAGUGCUUGGAGCUUCCCUCCCAGAGCCGACACUCCAUCUGUUUCCCUCUGCUCUGCACACACUUCAUGUCCUGUACACACGAGCUCUGUCCUGAAGAGCGACACCACAUAGGAGAUCGGAGCCUGUCGUUGUGUAACAUGUUUCUGGAUGAAAUGGCCAAACAGGCCAGAAACCUGAUCACAGACAUCUGCACUGAACAAUGUACACUCAGCGACCAGCUGCUUCCCAAGCAUUGUGCGAAGACUAUCAGCCAGGCCGUGAACAAGAAGAGCAAGAAGGCGACGGGGAAGAAGGGCGAGCCGGAGCGGGAGAAACCGGGAGUGGAGAGCAUGAGGAAGAACAGAUUACUGGUCACCAAUCUGGACAAACUCCACACAGCGUUAUCUGAACUCUGCUUCUCCAUCAACUACGUCCCCAACCUGGCAGUGUGGGAACACACCUUCACACCCAGGGAGUAUCUCACCUCGCACCUGGAGAUCCGAUUCACCAAGUCCAUAGUGGGGAUGACGAUGUACAACCAGGCGACCCAGGAGAUAGCCAAGCCCAGUGAGCUGCUGACCAGCGUCCGGGCCUACAUGACGGUGCUGCAGUCCAUAGAGAACUACGUCACCAUCGACAUCACCCGCGUCUUCAACAACGUCCUCCUGCAGCAGACGCAGCACCUGGACAGCCAUGGGGAACCAACAAUCACCAGUCUGUAUACAAACUGGUAUUUGGAGACGUUGCUCCGUCAGGUCAGUAACGGACACAUCGCCUACUUCCCUGCCAUGAAGGCCUUUGUCAACCUGCCCACCGAGAACGAACUGACUUUCAACGCUGAGGAAUACUCUGACAUCUCCGAGAUGCGUUCUCUGUCGGAGCUGCUGGGGCCGUACGGGAUGAAGUUCCUCAGCGAGAGUCUGAUGUGGCACAUCUCGUCACAGGUGGCGGAGUUGAAGAAACUGGUGGUGGAGAACAUGGAGGUGCUGACUCAGAUGAGGACGAGCUUUGACAAACCAGAGCACAUGGCUGCGCUCUUCAAGAAACUCACCUCUGUGGACAGUGUUUUGAAGAGAAUGACCAUCAUUGGAGUCAUUUUGUCUUUCCGCUCCCUCGCUCAGGAGGCUCUCAGAGAUGUCUUAUCCUGUCACAUUCCUUUCCUGGUCAGUUCGGUGGAAGAUUUCAAAGACCACAUUCCCAGAGAGACGGACAUGAAGGUGGCCAUGAAUGUCUACGAGCUCUCGUCAGCCGCAGGUUUACCCUGUGAGAUCGACCCGGCGCUGGUCGUGGCUCUGUCCUCACAGAAGAGUGAGAACAUCAGUCCGGAGGAGGAGUAUAAGAUCGCCUGCCUGCUGAUGGUGUUUGUGGCCGUUUCACUGCCAACGCUGGCGAGCAACGUGAUGUCCCAGUACAGCCCUGCCAUCGAAGGUCACUGUAACAACAUCCACUGCCUGGCCAAAGCCAUCAACCAGAUCGCUGCAGCUCUCUUCACCAUCCACAAGGGGAGCAUAGAGGAUCGUCUGAAAGAGUUCCUGGCUCUGGCCUCAUCCAGCCUGUUGAAGAUCGGCCAGGAGACGGACAAGAUGACGACACGUAACAGAGAGUCUGUUUACUUACUGCUGGACAUGAUUGUGCAGGAGUCUCCCUUCCUGACCAUGGACCUGCUGGAGUCCUGCUUCCCCUACGUCCUGCUGCGAAACGCCUACCACGCCGUCUAUAAACAGAGCAUCAGCUCGAAUGCGUAGAAACACAGUGCACACACUCCUGUGCUGUCUGCCAUUAGAGCGUUAGCGCUCCUACCACUACAAUUACACACUAAGAGCAUACACUAAAGACAAAUUAAACACGCUAAACUAUGCCUAGAAUGCCUCAACGUACCAUCCUGACGACAACAAACACACAGUCAGUGUCGACAAAACGUAACACUAAACGUGUAGCAUUUAAACAAGUCCUCUCUGAAUUCAGAACAAAUACUGUACAUUAAAGAAAACACGCCAAAAGAACACGUGAAACACACAAUUCAUCGCACAAAGACAACAAAAAUACACGACAUGAGCAGAAACUGAAACACACAGAUACACACAAGCUGGAUGAAGUUGGGGGAUCAGUGUCUUUAUUUUAAUCAUUGUACUUUUUUCAUGAUGUUGCCAGGGACCAUAACCACAGCAACACAUAAUAUACCAUAUGUUUGGUUGGUAUAAAAGAACAAAAAUAUAAAUAUAUAGUAUAUAUAUAGUUGACACUAAAAUAUUCUUUUGUUUUUCGAUGAAAGAUCAGAGAUUUUCAGUGGCCAGCUUCUACGUGGUGAUGGAUUUUGGAUGCUUACUUUGGGAAUGCAAAUGGUUCUGAUGUGAUGUGGGUUUUUUAUUUUUAUUAUUAUAUUUUGGUUUUAUGCAGGAGGUUCGUGAUAAUGUGUUGAUAAUGAAAGACAUGUUGCUUGUUAAUGUUAGUUUACACACACACACACAUGCUGCGAUGUAAAAACUACAAACACUAAUCUCUGAACAUUUCAUAGUAAACACACACACACACACUGACAGACACACACUUGUAGAACAUGGUGAUGUUUCCUUUCUUUUUUUCUAGCUAGUCGUAACAAACUUUUUGUGGGUAAAGAUAUAAUAUCCGUAUUCUACUUUGAUGUGAACUGAGCUCGUCUGUUUUUAAUGUUCAUGUUUUUGUUAUUUUUAUGAUGACGACAAUGAUGAUGACGACAACGACGAUUUGCCAAAUGUGUUGACACUAAAAAAAAAAAAAAAAACAGCAACGUGUAUAUCAGGGGCUUGGAAGUGGUGGAGUGUUUGGGUGUUAACGGGUGAAAACGCCAUUUUAAACGUUUGGAAGAUUCCGGACACAAUCCGCCUGAAUCCGCAGCAGCUCGGUUACACGAUAACUUUUUACAGUGGGAACAUACAAGUUUGAAAAUACUGCAGUGAAGCUACAGUGUAGUUCAGGAGCCGGUCGACCCGUCUUGCUGUCAGAGACCGCGCUAAUAUUCCUCUCAACUCUCGUGGUCACGGGCUGUAAUUAAAGAUGGACGACACUUCUUAAUAUCCAGAAAUGAAGCCAAAACAUCCUGGUUACAAACGCCGCCAUCUUGAGCGCCAUCACACCUGUCAAUCACGACCUGUCGCCCUGUUUUUAUUACAUUAAAUAACAAAUUAAAACCAAACUUAUCCGACACUAAUACGACAGAAACCAAACAUUUUAAUGUGCACUUUGACCUUUUAGCUUGGUCCCUUUCCCAUCCACUAACAAGGAGGAUGCUGGGUUUAUUAACCUAUACUGCAGCCGGCCACCAGGGGAUGAUCAAGAUGCUUUGGCUUCACUUUGGGGGAGCUGUCAUGGCGUCCAUAUUUAUUUAACAGUCAAGGCUCCUGAUUGGCUCGAGGACCAGUAGGUGUUUUUCUUCUGCUCUUUUUUUUUCCAGUAAUGAACAAAACAUAAUUUAUAUGACAUCUUGCAAAAGUAGUUCACGUUAAUGCUUCAGAUCGACGGGAACAAUAGAUUUAAAAUUAAACCGAUUCCUCUGACCUGUGAAAAGUCCGGAGCUGCAAUAACACGCUGGGUUUUCUUUAGUCGUCCUCCGAUGAACUUUCCUACGUGAGCGGUUAAAAUUUUUGUGCGACGGUUAUUCGGGACCUGUUAGAACAGACGGACGGACGACCUCUUUCAAAGUGCAGUCAUUUAUUUGUCUGAAUGGAGACGUGGCAGAGACGACACAUUGAGACACACACACAGGAUGCGUCCUUUAGGUCGGUCCCUCUGCUCGUGUCCCUCUAACACCACGGAUCUGUCAACGCUCAUACUGCAAACUACACACUCCAAAACUAAAAGUACACAGUACAGACCGUGUGUGUGUGUGUAGUCAGUAGUGCGCACUAUGACCCGGUGAGGACAGAUCCGUGGACACAUUCUGCCAUUUGGUGUGAAAUGGUGGUUGUUGCUCUUUUUUAUUUCUAACCUCUUUUCUUUUUCUUUUUUUUUUGUGUCUCUAAUUCCACCGUGUAACUUAAAUGACAUGAAUAAAAUAAACUUUAGGGCUGUGUCAGA